AUGGCAAAAAUUAACAAACACAUCUCAUUAACUUUCAAACCACCAUCAAAACUAAACACUACAAAUUGUCCUCUAUGGAAAUCACAAAUCGUUCCUCUUCUGCGUAGAUAUAAUCUUUUUCGAUUUGUUGAUGGUUCAUUCCAUUGUCCAGUGAAAUAUUAUCGAAAAACAUCACCAGCAGGCCAAGAAAUCAUCACAGCAGCAGGUUUUAUUGAUAAAGAUCCAAAUAAUAAGUUUGUCUUCAAUCCACUAUAUGAUUAUUGGGUAAAUCAAAUACAAGCCAUUCUGUCCUGGUUAUUAUCUGCUUGUAUUGAAGAAACUCACUCUCAGACUGAUUUAGUUCAUCUGAAGAAAAGUAGUGAUUCUAUGCUAGCAUAUUUUAACAAAGCGAGAUCUAUAUCACAUCAAUUAGCUCAGAUUGAUCGACCUAUCUCUGAUGAGGAUCUAGUAUUUCACAUUCUUCAAGGAUUAACUUCUGAAUAUAAUGCUUUCAAAACCUCAGUCACAACUCAACAAUUGAAGACUGAUAAUCUGAUUACCUCAGCUGACCUUUUAGGAUUGUUGUUAUCUGAAGAAGCUAGAAAUUAUCCUCCACCUUCAGCUUACUACCAACAUUACUCAGGAAAUUCACAUUAUCCACCUCAAUCUCAAUCUAAUUCUCAAUGUCAGUGGAAUUCUCAGCGAGGAACUUUCAACAGAUUUGGUGGUGGUUAUCGUGGUAAUAGGUCUUGUGGCUCUCGUGGUUUUUUUAGAGGUGGCAGAUUUGGUUCUGGUGGCCGUACUGGUAAUAGAUCUGGUGGUUAUUCUAAAAACUUCUUCUCACCACCAAAUCCUGUCAAAUAUGAUUAUUACAUUGAAUGUCAGAUUUUCUUCAAGCCAGGUCACUCAGCAAAUGAAUGUCGAUACAAAUAUGCUCCUAAUGAUAACUACAUGGCUCAAACACACUAA